AAAGUGCCUCAAAAAAGGUGUUUUAUGCCACUCACAAAGAUGGCAUCCAACGCUUCCCCUUUGAAAAAUGGCAGCUACUCCAUGACCUUAACAAAGAUGUCUGCACCCAUAAACAUGUUGACUUUUAUGUAAUUUUUGCUGACAUGAAUUACAUGUUGUUCGUUUGCUGAUUGUUUUUUUUAUGUGAUUGCAUUUGUUUUUUUUUUUCAUUCUGUAAAUAAACGCCAAGUCGGAUCAAAUAUUAACGGUAAAACAGGAGAUAUUUGAAGCGAGAGUACGGUGUUUUUUUUUUUUUGUCUGUGACUCAACUUCCUGGGUGGCGGUGCAGUGAGGGAGGGAUAGUGGACAGUGAAAACGCUGCACCACCGAGAGACAAAAGAGGUACGAAAAGAAGGGACAUAUUUCAAACAAACCGAACAGGUAUCUGCUCCCAUGGCGCGGGGGGAGAGCAGGGUCCCUCGAAAUUGUCGGGUUCACACACACAGGGACGUCAUACGCUUACAGCACCCGGCACUGGAAUACAGAUAACACAGCCGCCAGGGGUUAAACCAUGAUUCCCAUCACUGAGCUUCGUUACUUUGUUGACACCCAGCCGGCGUACCGAAUUCUUAAACCAUGGUGGGACGUCUUUACCGAUUACAUCUCUGUUGUCAUGCUGAUGAUCGCUGUAUUCGGGGGCACCCUGCAAGUCACCCAGGACAAGAUGAUCUGCCUGCCGUGCAAGUGGGUGGUCAACAAAACUUGUGACGACACUCUGAGGCUCCCUACUGACCCCGUCGCCCACCUGUACACCAAUUCCACCAUCACCCCUGUCCUUCCACUCCCGGAACCCAAAGGGAUAAAGUACGACCUGGACCGCCACCAGUAUAAUUAUGUGGAUGCUGUGUGUUAUGAAAACAAACUGCACUGGUUUGCUAAGUACUUCCCUUACUUGGUGUUGCUGCACACACUAAUUUUCCUGGCCUGCAGCAACUUCUGGUUUAAGUUCCCCAGGACUAGCUCUAAGCUGGAGCAUUUUGUGUCCAUCCUGCUCAAAUGCUUUGACUCUCCCUGGACAACGCGCGCCCUGUCGGAGACAGUGGUAGAGGAGAGUGACCCGAAGCCGGCCUUCGGGAAAAUGAACGGCUCUAUGGACAAGAAGGCUUCCUCGGUGAGCGAGGACGUUGAAGCCAGUGUGCCCAUGCUCCAGAGGACUAAGUCUCGCCUUGAGCAAGGGAUUGUGGACCGCUCCGAAACGGGAGUCUUGGACAAAAAGGAAGGGGAGCAGGCCAAGGCACUUUUUGAGAAAGUGAAGAAGUUUCGCACUCAUGUGGAGGAAGGGGACAUUGUAUACAGACUCUACAUCCGGCAGACCAUUAUCAAAGUGAUCAAGUUUGUGCUGAUCAUUUGCUACACGGGGUACUAUGUGAACAAUAUCAAAUUUGAUGUGGACUGUAUUGUUGAUAUUGAGAACCUCACGGGUUAUCGCAUGUACCGCUGUGCCCACCCUUUAGCCACCCUCUUUAAGAUCCUGGCUUCCUUCUACAUCAGUCUGGUGGUUGUCUACGGGCUGAUUUGUAUGUACACCCUGAGCUGGAUGCUUCGUCGCUCCUUGAAGAAGUACUCCUUUGAGUCUAUCAGAGAGGAGAGCAGCUACAGUGACAUUCCAGACGUGAAGAACGACUUUGCGUUCAUGCUACACAUGAUCGACCAGUAUGACCCCCUCUACUCCAAACGAUUUGCUGUCUUCCUCUCGGAGGUGAGCGAGAACAAGCUGCGGCAACUGAACCUCAACAAUGAGUGGACGUUGGACAAGCUGAGGCAGAGGAUCACUAAGAACUCCCAGGAGAAGCUGGAGCUGCACCUCUUCAUGCUGAGCGGGAUCCCUGACACUGUGUUUGACCUCCUUGAACUGGAGGUCUUGAAACUGGAGCUGAUCCCGGAUGUCACCAUUCCACCAAUCAUUGCCCAGCUCAUAAGCCUGAAGGAGCUCUGGCUUUACCACACGCCAGCCAAAAUUGAGGCCCCGGCUCUAGCCUUCCUGCGGGAGAACCUCAAGUCCUUGCAUAUCAAGUUCACCGACAUCAAAGAGAUUCCUCUCUGGAUUUACAGUCUGAAGAACCUAAUGGAGCUCUACUUGACGGGUAACCUGAGUGCAGAGAACAACCGCUACAUCGUCAUUGAUGGCCUACGGGAACUCAAGCAGCUUAAGGUCUUGAGGCUAAAGAGCAACUUGACCAAGCUGCCUCAGGUUGUGACGGACGUGGGGGUUCACCUGCAGAAGCUGUCCGUCAACAACGAGGGCACCAAACUGAUGGUCAUGAACAGCUUAAAAAAGAUGGUCAACCUGACCGAGUUGGAGCUGAUCCGGUGCGACCUGGAGCGAAUUCCCCACUCCAUCUUCAGCCUUCACAACCUCCAGGAGAUUGACCUGAAGGACAACAACCUGAAGACCAUCGAGGAGAUCAUUAGCUUCCAGCAUCUUCACCGUCUCGUCUGCCUUAAACUGUGGUACAACCAAAUUGCCUACAUCCCCAUCCAGAUUGGCACCCUCACCAACAUGGAGCGGCUUUACCUGAACCGGAACAAGAUUGAGAAGAUCCCCAGCCAGCUGUUCUUCUGUCGCAAGCUGCGCUUCCUUGACUUGAGCCACAAUAAUCUCACCUCCAUACCAGCAGACAUUGGCUUCCUACAGAGCCUGCAGUACUUUGCUGUGACCGCUAACAGAAUUGAGGCUCUCCCACCCGAGCUGUUCCAGUGUAGGAAGCUGCGGACCCUGAACCUGGGCAACAACUGCCUGCAGUCCAUGCCCUCCCGUAUCGGAGAGCUGGCCAGCCUGACCCAGCUGGAGCUGCGGGGGAACCGGCUUGAGUGCCUCCCUGUGGAGCUGGGCGAGUGUCGGCUGCUGAAGCGCAGCGCCGUCAUUGUGGAGGAGGACCUCUUCAGCACGCUGCCCCCUGAGGUCAAGGAGCAGCUGUGGAGGGCUGACAAGGAGCAGGCCUGAGCAGCAAAUAGGUAACUGACAAAAAAAGAAUGCAAGCGAGAAGGCAGAAACGUGAAUCGAAAAAAAACAAAAAGACCCACCCACCUGGGAACGGAAGUCCUGAGAGAAAGAGAAGGGGGUCUGAACAACAACAACAACAACAACAAAAGACAGCUUCUGGGUUCUCUGGGUCUGGAAGUACGAGGAACACGACACUUUUCGGUUAUGCACAGCAGGAGGGAAUCUGUCAUAAGGGAAAGUAAGGGAGCAGUCCAAAUGUUAUUGGAACUGAGGGAAUAACCCUUUCUCUGGAACGGAGGGAUGACUUUCGGCGCUGCCAUGUAGCAACCAUGACAACAGUUAACCUAUAAAUGAAACUGCAAUUCAGACUUUUGACAGAUUUACAGAUCAGCUCGCAAAGAGGUGGUUUGACAGCUCUGUAGUUAGAAACUCAUCUGUAACUGAUGAGGAGGAAACCUCUCACUUUCAGUUGUAUUGGGUUUUCAAGGGGAAAGGAUUAUUUUACUUUAGUAACUGAGGUUAUAUGCACAGGAGAGCACGACUGCACUAGUUAGAGCCUUUAAUCAGUACAAAAGUACCGAUGGAAUCCUUGUCUGGGCUCUCUUAAAAUUGCUGUUUUUGGGGGGCUAAUGGGGCUGCGGUUGUCAAAAGCAUGCUGCAGGUGUGGCAAAGAGAAACAAACCUGGAUCGUUCCACAUCAAAUGGACCAAUUAUCCCUACCUCAUCGUUUCAGAUUAUUUUGAUAUUGCAUAUUAAUGUACCUAGAAGUGUUUUAGAUGAAUCCCAAAGUAUUAGCCCUCAACUUUUUUAAGUUAAGUUAUAGGGGUUACCUUGACGUGUGUAAACGAGCACUGAAAGGGAUCAUGUUUGAGAGGUCAGAUCUUUCAAAGUAUUCGCAAUAUCUUCUUGCAAGUACAAGUACAUUUUUAUUGGUAUCAUUGUAGUUUUUUUUUCUACAUUUGGUGCCAUUGCAUAAACAUUUGUGGUCCCUUUUCAGUGCUUGUUUUCAUCUGUAAUGAGAGUUGAGAGCUAAUAUUUGGGGAUUCUUCCUAAAACACUUCAAGGUAUGUCCAUAUAUCUAAAGAAUCUGAGAUGGUGAGGUGGGGAAGAUCCCAAAAUGUAGUCCAUUUGGGGAGGAAUGUCCCAUCUGCAUUUGGUCUAAAGAACACUAAUUUUCUACCGUCUUCACAGCAGGAGUGAGGAUCCCAUGAUAUUGUAGCUUUAUGACAAAUUGCAUGUAUACAUAGAGCAGUGGUAGUGGCAGGGAAAGUGCAUGGUAAAGGAAAAGCUGUGUGUUGAACCCACUUGAGGUGAUCGCAGUGGUUCACAGUACUUGACCAUGAUACUGUACCUGUGUUUGUGAAUAGCAAGAGAGCAUUUCUACUGGUAUAUUUUGUGUGUAACUUACUGCAUUAUUUUAAUGUCCCCCUUCAUGGUUUGUUUUAUUUAAUGAAUUCUGUACCCAGGAUAGUCCCACUAAAUCACCACAUCAUGUUUACUGGAAAGCAUUCCUGAUUAUGUUUAUAAUAUCCCAGAUCUUAUAUAUAUAUUACACACUAUAUGUAAAGAGUUAAAAUAUCAAAGCAUAAAAACAGUAGCGUAUUGUGAUAGUCUGUUUUGACACCCAUAUAUUUUUAAUCCAGGAUGCAGGCUUAAAGGGGCUACCCUGUGUUCAUGUUUUCAGUAAUAAAAUGUACUUGGAUGUUGGUUGCUAAAUGUAGAGCUCAUGUGCCGUUUUGGCCGUCACAGGUUGUAUGAAAGGUUCUGAGCUGUUGGAAUGCCAACAUUUGCAAAGGUUCCGUAUCAUCCACUAAAUCUUUUGGCAGUAUUGAUCUUGGUGUUCCAGCCAAACUUUCCAAAGAGAGAGGUUUAUUUUUAUUUAGAAGCGAGCUAGCAUCAUCAAAAAUGUUUUAUACAUAUAGUAUUAUUUAAACAAACAAGCUGAAUACUGCACAAUGUAAUGGCUCAGAGCGGCGUUCUCGCUGUCAUCAGGCAGCAGUCGCUGGUUAUGAUUUAAAAUUCCCCAAAAUAUCAGGUGGGUCAACUUGGAAACCUUUGCACACCCAUGACUGCAGAGGAUCCAGUUCCUGGUGUUUUGGUCACUUAUUGCUGAUUGCAAUAACCAGUGUUUGCCUUAAGAUGAGUACGCUGUAAAUGUGUAGUGUAUAUCUGGGGUGUUUUGAGGCCAGUAUGAUUUUAAUAUAUAUAUACUUUUAAGCUUUUAUGUUUUUAGCAAGACCCAAUCAUCAUAACAGCACUCCAUGUCUAAACACUGAAUCAUUAAAAAGGCUGGUAAUUGAAAAUGGGCUAAAUUUCAUGUGAUUCAUAAUUUGUUCUUGGAGCUCAUUUCUCUCGAAUCAACUAGAUUUAGCAAUACUAUGCCAUUUUAUUGAUAUAUUAUUAUUAUUAUUAUUAUUAUUAUUAUUAUUAUUAUUAUUAUUAUAUCUCAUCUUUAUAAAUCAUUCAAAUAAUACAGCUCAGGGCACUAUGUUAGAUGGCGUCCCAGUGGCUGGAAUGUUAAGGGUUAAACAAUGACUCUCCUAUUUGGGAACUAGAGGGGGGGGGGGGAGAAGGCAUAUUGUAAAUGCAAUUUUUAUGAACAAAUCAUCCCCUCUCCCUUUUCUGUUUCCCUCCUGUAACCGGCUUCCUCCUCCAGUUCAAUCGCUUAUGUAAACCCCUAUGGAAACUUCACUGCUGUUUGGAAUAGGUGUGUGACUUUGAUCUGUAUUUCUGCUAUUGGGUGUAUUUAUCAACAGACUGUGACAUUCCCAAAGUGGAAGGAUCAAGAGGAUUUGUGCUCGGGUGCAAGAAACCUACUUUUCUGCUCCGUUGCAAUACCGUAGCAAUCCAAACUGGAGCCAUUCGUACACCUGAAUACAAACACUUAAAUCAAACAGAUCCAAGUUCAACAGAAGGAAAAACCAGCAGAUAGUAUUAAGACUGUGUUCUACAGUAAUUAAUCAAACUUGUGUAUCCUUGGAGUGAAAACAAAUAAUAUACAGUAACCCCCCCUCCCCCCCCCCCGAAUCGAUGUGCAACAAUAGCUGUUGAUUUGCUGUAAAACCGAUACGCUUGAUGGAAUGGGGGGAGGGAGGUGUUGCUUUCUUUAUGUAGUAACUUAUUUCCCUAGUUGCCAGUUAAAACGUAUUCACACUUUUCAUGGCUAACUGAGAGAGUAGAUGCUCUGAGAAAGCACUGAAUUUACACACCCGUGUUUUCGUAAACAAAGUGCACCAGUGCUUAAUAGUGAACAUGCUUGAACAAUACUUUAAACUAAAACACUGAUGGACUACUGCACACUACAGUGGACUAAUAAACUGGCUAGUGCAUAAAUGGUAACACCAGUUUGUACAGAAACACAUCAUUGCACACUUGCAUAUGCUCUGUGAAAUAUUGUUGCAUAAUAAUGUCUUGUACUUUGUAACGCACCAGAGAGUGCAAUACAGAACACCAUUCUUUAACAGUUUUCAAUAAACCACACUUGUCCAUUAAUGUAAAUGCAGCACUGCGUCUCUCUAUUUGAAUGUGUAGAAGUCUUUUGAAAGCACUGUUCAUCUCCCAAGCCUAGUUUAAUAAUAUAAUUAUGAUUGGUGUAUGAUUUUAUAUAAUGCAAUAUGUAUGUAAUAGGUGCUAUGGAAAAGAUAGAACCUAUCGUUUGGAAUACAUUUUAGUUUGUUACCACAAGUAAAUGCUGGUGGCACAUACAGUAUGCUACAAGGGCAGUGUGAAUUCUAGUGCAAGCCAAUGAGAAUAUAUGAGGAAUACCUGUUUUAAUAGUGCAUAGAAAACCUGCUUGACAGGUACUGUCUAAUUCGAUCAAUGCAUUUCUUUAGCAUACAGCAGGAUAAUGUGUGUUUAUUGUUUUGUGUGUCUGAUUUGUAAAGUUUAGCCUGAGAUAGAAAACUUUUACAGUGUAGCUGAAAUUAUUACAACUAAAACUACUAAACUGAUGUCAUUCUUAAGGCAGAUUCUUUUAAAAACAGCACAUUUUGACACUGAACUGUAGAAUUGUAAAGUGCUUGUAUCGGAUUUGGUACAUAGGAGACUAUGCAGUAAGAGUGUGCCUUGCAGCUUAAAAGAUCUGCAAGAGAAGCCAUAGAUCAUGAACUUCUAAAGGUGAGGCUUCCAUUGUCUGCAUCAAGAGCGUCAAAGACUUGCUGGAUGUGUGUGCAAAUGCUUUGUAGGUUGUUGGCGGGAAUAGCAAGCGAAAUACAGUAUUCUACUGCUUUAAAAAAAGUUAAUUACAGAUUAAAAGAAAUAUCUUAAUCGUGCAUCACUUUUCUAAAGACACUAAUAUAUUAAUAUUGAUUCUACCAUUGCAUUAGAUUGCCAAUGCCAAACUUGUGUUGCGUUUUUUGGUUUUACGAUGACCAAGGACUUAUUCAGACUGAAUUCUCAGCUGAAAGUAUUGAAGGUCACAUCCUAUUUUUAAGAAAGUGCAAAGGCACAUUUUCUAGAGAAAUAAAACAAUGGCGAAAUCUAUAAAACUAAUAAAUAACUUGGUUUCAAUGAUUCUAGUCCUAGUUUUGCAGUUAAAUAUUUUAUUUCUUAUUUAUAUCAAAAUAGGUUCCAAGUCUUUAUACUAUUAGUCUUGAAUAUUCAAUACAUAUAUUUGUGAGAAAGUAUUUGUACUGCAUAUUGGAUAAAAUGCAUCGUUCACCUCAAAGUCUCUGUCGUGUCUGCUAAAUGACUAAAUAAUAAUUAUAAUAAUAAAAAAGCCUCUCUUUUUAAAGAUUGGUUGACAGCCAAAUGAAUACAUGUUUCUGUAGUUUAAUUAGGAGGCCAGAUGAAGGAAAAGUACCUGUUUACUGUACUAUGUACCAAUUUAAAGGCAUUUUCUCAAUACCAGUUUCACUUGCCACAGGUGUUCUUAUAACCUGCAUAGAUCCACAGCAGUCCCGUCUAUCAUUCUCAGGUUAUUCUGACUGCUGUACUGGUGAUGUUCUGGUAAUUGUGAAAAGAAUAAUGUAGAGUUGUCUUUCAGAAAUGUAUGUAACUGCUAAGGGAAAGGAAUUCUAGAUGGCAUAUGGACUCACCUGUAUCCCCAACAUCUUGUGAUCACUUGAAGACCGCACUGGCUAGCUGAAGUGCCAAACUGGUCAUCGCUCACACCAGUCGAGAAAUAUAGUUUCUUUUUGUUAUUAUUUUUAACUACAUACUGUACUGUAUUGCAUUUAUUUUUUUAAUUAUGUUGCCAAAACUAUCUAAAGGGAUCACUGGAUGAUUUAAAGAACAUUAUCAAGCAAUGCAGAAUGGUUUUGUGCCAGUUCUUACUGUGCAGUUUUAAGCAAGAGCCUAAAUAAACCCUACAAUACAAUCAUCGUCUAUGAGAGAAUGCCCAGUUUUAUAAAUCCUUUCCCCCUUUUUUUAAGUUUCUGAUAUUAAAUUAUAAUAAACUAAAACAUGUAAACGCCC